AUGGCUUCUACUAGUGCCAGCACCAGCAGUGGACGCCCGUCCGGCUCCUCCAGUUCCUCUAGCUCUUCCAGUAGCGCUGACCCACUUAUAGCGUCAGGAUUGCUCUUUCAAGUGAAGGACAAAGAAAAAUACAUGGAGAACUGCAAUUUCCCAUAUUGUCAGGACGUGGUGAAAUACGAAAAGGUCGCCAAAAUCGGACAGGGGACCUUUGGUGAAGUCUUUAAGGCAAGAGACAGGAAAAACCCGCUGAAAUUUGUGGCUUUAAAAAAGGUGCUGAUGGAGAAUGAGAAAGAAGGAUACCCAAUCACGGCCUUGAGAGAGCUGAAAAUCCUGCAAAAUCUCAAGCACGAGAAUGUUGUGGAACUCAUCGAGGUAUGCCGCACAAAACCAUCUCGAGAAAACAAAUACAUCCCUAAUUUCUACUAUGUUUUUGAGUUUUGCGAGCAUGACCUUGCUGGUCUUCUCUCAAAUGUCAACGUCACAUUUAGCUUGGGCGAAAUAAAAAUGGUGAUGCAACAGUUGUUGAAUGGCCUCUAUUACAUCCACAGCAACAAGAUAAUGCAUAGAGAUUUAAAGAGUGCCAAUAUUCUUAUGACCAAAAAAGGCAUUCUCAAAUUGGCUGAUUUUGGAUUGUCUAGAGCGUUCAGUGUCCCUAAUCCUGGGCAGCAGAACAGAUACACAAAUCGUGUGGUGACCUUAUGGUAUCGCCCGCCUGAACUGCUGCUUGGCGAGCGAAAUUAUGGUCCUCCUGUGGACCUGUGGGGAGCUGGAUGCAUAAUGGCUGAAAUGUGGACUAGGAGCCCCAUAAUGCAGGGGAGUACUGAAAUACAGCAGCUCACUCUCAUCUGCCAGCUCUGUGGCUCCAUCACAACUGAUGUUUGGCCUGGUGUUGAGUCGCUAGAAUUGUUUAAGAAGGUCGUGUUGCCGCCUGGACAAAAGCGCAAGGUCAAAGAACGCUUGGAGCGGUACGUGAAGGACCCUUACGCAUGUGACCUACUGGACAAGCUGUUGAUGCUGGACCCAAAGAAGCGAGUUGACAGCAAUGUUGCUUUGAAUCACGAUUUCUUCUGGACAGCGCCAUUUCCAACUGACUUGUCUAGCAUGCUAGAAAAGCUCACACAUAGCAUGUUUGAAUAUCACGCGCCACCUCGCAGACCAGGGCACAUGCGGCCUGCCCCUUCACAGCAAAGGGCCCAGGCAAAACCUUCAAGCACCCUCGAUGGCGGCUUCCAAGAUAGAGUAUUUUGACUCUAAUGCGGUUAAAAUAACCCGAGUGCGAGAUUCUAAAGCAAAUAAUUCCUUUGCCUUCAAAAGCGUGGCGCAGAGUCAACUCCUUUCUCAAACCAAAUUAAUUGAUAUCAAAUUUGGCCUUGCAUUCCAUUAUUUUUGAAUUAAUGUAACAAUUUCUUUACUUUUAGAUCGAUUUUUUUUGUACAAGAAAUUCCAUAUUAUUUUAAAACGAAAAAAUUUUAUUUUUUUUAAAUUUUGCUAUUUUUGCAACUUGAAAUUUAUAAGGUCCAAACCAUUAGAAUUGAAAAAACUACCCACUGUAGAACCUAUCUCGACCUUCCCUAACUAGCUGAAGGGUUUAAGGGUGCUUAGCUUGCAUCUCUAAGUUUCUAUACAGUAUACUUAAACUCCCUCGACUAAGUAAAACUUUUUCCACCCUCUCUAAAUUUUUAUAUUAAUUUGCAUUUCAUUUUUAGAAAAGAUCUGUUUUUGGGACGAGGUGUUAAUUUAGAAGAGUUUUAGGUAUAUAAUAUUUUUAAUCCCGCAGAGGAAGUAUGAAAAAAUUGUAGCAAUUCGGUUGAAAGGGGA